UCAUCAAUGAUUAAGCAAUUAAUUAACCAAUUUUUAUUUACUUAUUUGUAUAUUUUAUUUUGGUUUGACUGAAAUGUAGCACCGGUAAUUUGUAUGACUGGCGUAUGGGUUGUUUACAUCACUAAGGUAACAAGAAUUCGUAUGUGCUCGUGGUGAUAGUGCUGCGGUCUAGCUUUGUUUGUGCUUCCCAGCUUCUAAGAAAUAACAAGCGUGUGUUAAGUCUCCUGUUUCGUCUCCCUCCAUGUCUCCUCCCCCGUUGUGAAAUCAGGUAGAUCAGACCAAGGAAGUGUCAUGUCAGCAUCACUCAGCGUUUCAGGUUCAUGUGACGCGUGCUUGUUUUGUCUUAGAGGAUAAUAUUAAAUUAACAGUAUCAUUUUCAUCCCAUGGUUAUGUUAUGAUAUGUUAGGUUUAGAUUCAUUCAGUUUAUUAAUUUAAUUGUUGAUCCAUUCAUUGUAUAGAUCACGAGGGGAAGAACAAUGGCCAGAAAUAAACAGCCACUGUCUGUAAAUUACCAGGCAAAGAUUAUUUCCAUAAUACCCGCCUUAAAUCCGGGAAAGCAGGUAUUGAAACGGAUCACCGGAAAAUUUUGUGUUUGAAUGCUAAUUGUGUUAAAGUGUUGCGUCAUGCGUGGAUCUUCGUAAAAAUCGGAACCAACACGAAGGGAGAUAAGUGGUGCAGGGAAGGACGUGAGGAAUCUCGCCAAGUGGUAACUCCCAUCAAGCCUUCCUUCGUCUGGUGGUAUCUGCACACCUACGGUCUUGAGCGGAGCCGCGGGCGUGCAGGUGCUUCGUUUCCAAGAGGACCGAGUGGCCACUUCUGGCACACAAGCUUGGUACAAGGGCAAGCUGGAAGUUUCACGACAACUCUCUUCCGUCACUCUGUGCGGCAGGGUCUUUCUCUUCACCCUUCACACCUGGGCCACCUUCAUCCAACUCAAAAACUCUAACGGUGAACGCAGUAUCUUGGAGGGAGACAUCUGGCUGGACCGUGUGAGACCUGUCAUAGCACAAAACUGGAACUUCCAACUCCUCAAGAAGAAGUUGUGGGUGUUCAGGUGGCACCACCUGUGCUUCACCUAUGACGCCAAGCAACACAUACUAAGCACCUACGUAGAUGGUCAUCUUAAUAACGACCAAGAUGUUGACUUCCACAACAAGUAUAUUGCCGCGGAUGGAGCUGUCCUUGGGCAAGGCGUCGACUAUAUGAGAAGCUUCAGUGGGAACCUUACUCAGGUCAACGUGUGGGACAGGCCACUCUCCGCUGACGAGAUCCGUCGUCUUGCCAAAUGUGAGGACGACCAGCAGGGCAAUUAUAUCUCCUGGAACGUGGGCUGGACGCUACAGGAUGUAACAAGCUAUGAGGUGCCUCUAACUGAAAUCUGCAAACAAGAAGCAGACACCCGCUACUUCUGGUUUCCUUCACUCACUUACAACACGGCAUUGUACUUGUGUCGGGCACUGGGCUCAACUCUUCCAGCUGGCACCAGUAUAGAAGAAGCUGUGAACAUGGCCACCAUCGCCCACAGCAAGUUCCAAUACUACCAGAACUGCUUUACGGAUUUUUGGAUAGGCCCUAAUGACAUCAAGGAAGAGGGUGUGUGGAUGAUGGACGGCGUGCCCAUUAAACAUCCUAUUAUUUGGAAACCAUCUGAGCCUAAUGGUUUGCAGUACGAAAACUGUGGCGCUAUAGCUCCUAUAGGCGUUUCUGACCUUGAUUGUGAUACAAACCUAAGAUGUACUGUCUGCUCCUUUAAAGACUUUCAGAGGUUUUCCUUCGUGGGCACGUGUGAAUCGGAGCUACGCAACGUGUAUUUUACUGCGUUUCAGCUUGAUGAAGAGGAGCUGAUGUUUAUGGGCUACGGCGCCUACCACAUCAAGAGACUCAACGAUACCUGGGCUUGGAUCAACGUGGUCACUAACAAGACCAUCGCCUUCCUGUUGGAAAGUGUGCCGGACUUUCCGAUGGGCCGUCGCUGGUGGCAGCUGGAGCAACCCGUGUGUGAACAGAAGGACGGUGAUCGACGCCUGCUGCUGUCGCCUUGCCCAUCAGGUUACUUCACCUGCAACGACGCCACCUGUAUCCCGCUGCCACACCGCUGUGACCUCAAGUACGACUGUGGGGACAACAGUGAUGAGGAAGAGUGUGAGUUGGUGUCCUUCCCAGAAGGUUACCAGAAGCACCUCCCGCCCCGCAGCGUGGACUCGGAGGAGGCCGCUUUGUCCAUCGUGCUCACCGUCAUCGUGGAGUCUUUGGCUGUCAAGACCAUAGACAUGGUGAUGGAGGUAUCGUACCAGCUGAUGCUCACCUGGAGGGACAACCGAUUAUUGUACCAAGACCUCAAGGUGGACAGCACCCUCAACGUGCUGCCGGGGGACACGAUGGAGAGGUUGUGGACACCAGAGGUGGACUUCAUCAACACCAUCAAAAGCGAGCACACCCUUAUGGACGGCGAUAGCCUCAUAAGGGUGGACCGGCGGGCCACCUCCAUAGGCAUGAAGCCCGCAGUGCCAGCAGAAGUUGAAUUGUUUUCUGGGGAGGUCAACACGCUGACUGCGAGGAGGAAGUAUGGAACUUCGUUUAUGUGUCAUCUUUCUCUCGUCCUCUAUCCCUUCGACGUGCAAGAAUGCUUCAUGCACUUCAGGAUCUCAUCAGCCACUAAGUUUUUUCUUCUGUUUGACACCAACAUGUCCUCCGUCAAUAUCUCCGCCAACCGCUUCUUGGUAGAAUACGAGGUGGGCGACCUUUCCUUGGAAUACGGAGAUGAGAGUCAGUUUAGCGAGGUGAAGGUGAUCGUGCCGCUCACUCGUCGCUCUGGAUAUGCGAUCCUUAACAUCUACCUGCCCACGCUGGUGCUCCUCAUUGUGAGCUAUGUAACGUUGUUCAUCCGGCCGGCCAUCAUUGACGUGAGGAUGACGUCAGCCCUUACGGUGCAGCUGGUCAUCGCCACGCUCUUUUCUCAGGUGUCCGCCUCCCUGCCCAAGACUUCUUACUUUAAGAUGGUGGACUUGUGGCUCAUAUUCUGCAUCUCCAUCACCUUCAUCACCAUCAUUUUUCACGUGGUGGUGGACAACGUGAUGCAUGGAGAACCAGCCACCAGCGGAAGUACUGUGUGGGUGAAUUCACUGGCAAAGAGCAAGUUAGGCCCAGUGGUUCCAGGACACACGGCCACGGCGGCCUCUCCCAGCGUGCCGGGGAGGGAAGUGGUGGGCAAGCGGGUGGUGACAGCCACCAAGGUGAUGGUGCCAGUAGUCUUCAUUAUCUUCAAUAGCUGUUAUUGGGGCUACAUUAUGAGUCAGUGAUGGCGUAGCCUUAGGGAUAACAUGGAGGAGUGGGAGAGACUAACACGACAGCAUCAAGGGGUCACUUAUAGAGGGAGUGCAUUAAGGGGCCACAGUGAAAGGGAGGUAUAAAGAAGCUGUGUUACUGGCCCACUUAAAGAGAAAGGAAGUAUUGCGGUGUCACACGGAGAAGGGAAGUGAUACGUUGUGAGGCUGUGUGGAGGGGCAGAAAAGGAUGACAUAUUUUGCUGAAAUGCCAACCAUAUAUUCGUACCAAAUCAUAACAAAACAUCCAAGGUUAUGUAUCACACCGAAUACAACGUGAGACAUAUGGACACAGAGUAGCCUACUUGUGUCCGUGUUACGACCACCUCUCUGGUGACUCAGCAGACCGCAAGGCCGGCACUAACCCCCUUGCAACCUGGCGAUUACUUAUGGUUCGCUUUAUAGAAGUUCGUGCUUGAUGUUUGUGAGGUCAGCGGAUUCGAUUUCACAUCCCUAUUCCAUGUUCCUCACUACCAUUUUUAUAGCUGUGUAUCAGUGUAUGAAAGCAGCCAGCAUUAAGUACUUACACUUGGCAAUGACUGUUUGGAAUGUCCCUGUAUUUAUGUAAAGUUACUUUAUGUGUAACCUCAACAUGGGUCAGUGAAGCGUCAGGGAGAAGAAAGCUAAGACCAUCAUUGCAUUGUACCUGUAUUGUAUGACACGUUUGAGAACCAAUGGACGUAAGAAAUGAAAAGUAAUUAUCCACAUUGCAAAAUAGCCAGUAGUCUUAACUUUUUUCAGUGUGGCAUAAGGAACAGUGCACCAUUUCACGGAGGAGAUAGAACCAUCUCCAUGUUACCCUUUUGAAAACCAGUGAAGAAAAGAACGUAACACAUUACACCUAAUCGUCGUAACUCAUAUAACCUUUGGAGUCAUAUCGUCAUCAUCAGGAGAAGAAACAGCAGCAGCACCAGCAGCAGCAGCAGCAGCAGCAGCAGCACCAGCCUCUAUUAUUCCACUACAGAAAACAAGGCUUCCUCAACCUUCUUCACUCGUUUAUGUCAGCCAUCAGCUUGUUCUAGGCCAUCCCAGCAAAACUUGUCUAAUUUUUCCAUUCAAGUUUCAAUCUACCUUAUCCUCUUUUAUCUGUCUUGAGUUACUCUAAUUACCAUCUAUUACCUGGUCGGUGCAUGACGCGUCCUGUCCUUGUACACUUUUAUGCCUUCAACGCUUUCAAAACGAGGAUGCACAGACAAACAGAGAACCCAAGUGUGACGUCAUGUCUGUCUCUAAAUAAACAGUAACCUUG